AUGGGCGACAUCCCCGGCCUCGUGAAAAUCAGCGUCUCCCUCAAAAUCCAGCCCAACGACGGGGCGGUGUAUUUCAAGGUGGACGGGCAGCGCUUCGGCCAGAACCGCACCAUCAAGCUGCUGACCGGGGCCAAGUACAAGAUCGAGGUGUCCCUCCGGCCCGGCACCGUCCAGGCCACGACAAUGGGCAUCGGGGGCGUCAAUGUCCCGCUGGAGGAGAAAUCGCGGGAUGCACAGGUAGCCUUUUACACAGGGAUCUACGACACGGAAGGGGUGCCCCAUACCAAGAGCGGGGAGAGACAGCCCAUCCAGGUCAACAUGCAGUUUAACGACAUUGGCGUUUUUGAAACAGUCUGGCAAGUUAAAUUCUACAACUACCACAAACGGGAUCAUUGCCAAUGGGGAAACAGUUUUGGUAGUAUUGAGUACGAAUGCAAACCGAACGAAACACGCAGUCUUAUGUGGAUCAAUAAAGAGACCUUCCACUGA